ACCGGGAAGAAGGUAAGGGAUUUUCUUGCGCUGUCCAAACAUGGCCCACGUCGCCGCACUUUUCUCUUACUCUUUUUGAAGAUGAUGGUGUGGUGAUCCUCUCGGGAAUCCCUAAACUGGCCCGCCUCCACUUCUUUACUUUCACUUCUCGAAUGAGUUCGACUCAUUAUUUCCUUCUUCUGUGGCCUCUAUCUUCAUAAUCAUCCCCUCAUAUAUUCCUACCGGUUUCCCGAAAUUCCCCCUUUUCCGUUAAUUUCCGCCGGGUACCAGCAUCUUUCCCUCUGGGUUUUCCAGAUAUUGCGCGAUUUCUCCAUUUCCGUGGAACGGAGUAUAUAUUUGGCAUCUGAGCCUGAGAGAAUUCUCUUCGGAUUCCGGAGCUGGGGUUAGUCUCUGAGUUUUUAAGGAAUCGCUUAUAUACCCAGGAGACACUUGCUAUCUGUAUUUGGGAUUUCAUAGCUUUGAGUUCUCGCCAGCAAGAUUGAAUUUCAUUGGUCCGCUCGGUGCGCCGUUGGCGAAACAUUGUUGUCUUCUCGAGAAGUCGAGUUGAUUUAAUAAUCUAGGUUUCGAUAAUUUCUCAGCAUGCAGCAUGAUAUUUUGUUGAGAGCUGAUUUUAUUGUCUGGGUUUGAAUCAUUUGGCUUUUUGCAUCUGGAUAUUUGGAUCGGAGAUCAUGCAUUUUUUGGUCGUUUGUAUCUGAACAUUCAAUCAGAAAGAGUAAACAUGAAGCGAGGGAAAGAUGAUGAGAAGCUAGUGAGGCCGAUGUUCCCUCGGUUGCAUGUCAAUGAUACGGAAAAGGGCGGUCCAAGAGCACCGCCGAGGAAUAAGAUGGCCCUCUAUGAACAGUUUAGUAUUCCAUCUCAAAGGUCCAACCCUGGCGUUCAGCCACUUAACCCAGUUGGUUCUAGUAACACAAUCUCCCUGGCAUCCUCAAGCCAGGAGACUGCACCUGAGAGAAACUAUAUCCUCCCAGUUCCUUUACCCCCACAAACACCUACUUAUCAAGUUGUCAAUAGUAUUUCUCACCAAUCUGACACAGCGAAUCCGAACUGUUCAAUGGUAAAACCUGAGCAAAGAAAUAAGGGAGAUGAAGAUGACUUUAGGGUUCCUAUAUACAUUAAUUCAAGAGUUGGUCAAUCUAGUGAUAAAACUCAGAAGACUUUUGAUGGAAAAAAGUUCACUUCCAUAGGGGUGGAAGUGCAAAAUGAUUGUGACGCGGAUCCCAAACUGUUAGGCUUGCCAUAUGUUAAUAUAAGAAAACACAUGAGAUUUGAGAGUAAUGUUCUUGCAAAUGAAAGCCCGAGUAGGGACCAGCCAGUAAAAUCCGCCAGAAACACUUUAAAUGGAGAAAAUAUUGACUGUGUAGCAAGGCAAGACAACCUGACUCCAAAUCCAGAGCAUCCACAUUAUCCUGGAUCAAGGCUUGGAAGAUUACAUCAGGCUGAUGCUUGCUUACAACAGGAUCAUGAAGCUGGGCCACUAUCUAAUGACACCAGGAACGUGGAUGGUCUUGUCAAUCCUUCAAGUGAUAUAGACAGGGGAGAUGUCCCCUUACCAAGAGGCUGCUUCCAUUCUACUGCUGAUCAGAAUAGUCCAGUUGAGGCUAUUGAUGACACUGACUGUCACAAUACCAGGGGUACUGGUCCAACACAGAAAAAUUGGGACAAAAGUGACAUUGUUUCCAAGAUCUCAAUGGUAGAUAAUUUGUUAAGCCAAAAAAUUUCUCCCGACGAUGCUGUGGAGAUAAUAGGUCAAAAACAUUUCUGGAAAGCAAGAAGAGCUAUUGUCAAUCAACAGAGAGCGUUUGCAGUCCAAGUGUUUGAGUUGCACAGACUGAUAAAGGUCCAACAGCUAAUUGCUGGAUCACCAGAUAUUUUGCUUGAGGAUGGUGCUUUUCUGGGAAAAUCUACUUUGAAGGGAUCUGCGCCCAAUAAACACUCAUUGGAAUGUGUUGUAAAACCUCGGCAACAAAAUCUCAAAUGCAAAGAUGACUCUAAAAAGCAUAACCAUAAAAUGGAAUGUUCUGCAGAGAAUGCAGUUGGUAAAACAUCUCUUUCAUCUGUGAAAAAUGGCAGCCACCUUUCAAAUUACGCCCCCAUUUUUGGAAACUGCCACCAGGUAAGCAAUCCCUGGUAUUUACAUCAGUCAGCUGGUCAUCAGUGGUUAAUUCCUGUGUUGUCUCCUUCUGAGGGGCUUGUCUACAAGCCAUGUCCUGGGCCUGGAUUUACGGGAACAGCUUGUGGGGGAUAUGGGCAUUUUGGGCCAGGUUUUCUGGGUGGUGCUUUUAUGAAUCAUGCCUAUGGAGUCCCAGCUUCUCAUCAAGGCUUUGGGGUCCCGACAGAUACACCGCCAAGCAGUCAUGCUUACUUUCCUGGUUAUGAUAUGCCAGUUAUGACUCCAGCGAUAUCUGGGUCAGCUGUUGAACAGAAAAACCAGUUCGCGGGACCAGGUUCUCAUGGUAAAAAUGGUCGUUUGUCUGGUAAAGGAGAUAACUGCAACAGCAACAGCAAUGCUUACAAUCAAAGCUCUUGUAAUUUGCCGCCAGUUCAGAAGAGUGGAACUAUAGCACAGUCACUGGUCAAGAAAUUUCAGGCAUCUAAGGCUUGUGAGUUACAAGGAAGCACAGCAAGUAGUCCUGGUAAAAUGGCACAAGAAAUCAGCAGCACGGGUCAAAUUGUUGAAGGAAAGGAUGCGCUUCCUCUUUUUCCAAUGGCUUCUCCAGUUUUUCCUGAGGCAGAGGCGGAGAGAGCCCCCCGGUCUACCCUAGAAAUCGGACAACGGACUCGAGCGAUCAAGGUUGUGCCUCACAACCCCAGAUCUGCAACGGAAUCAGCAGCUAGAAUUUUCAAGUCAAUUCAAGAAGAGAGACGAAGGUAUGACUCUGUAUAGUGUGCCCUUCAUCUAAGGUUUUCUUUUUCUUUUUCUUUUUCUUUUUCUUUUUAAUGGAUAAAGCCCUUCAUCUGAGUUGGUAUGCUGGAUCAAGUGCCUGUAUUCUUGAGGCCCAUUUGGUAUAUGAAAAAGGAUUUGAGAAAACGGAAAGCGUGAAGAGAAUUACUUUUAUUAUGUAUGGUGGAUGACAAAACGGUCUUGAAAAAACUUCCCAUGUUUGUGGGGGAGAAGUUUCCCGUUCUCAUUUUCUUUUUCAUUCCAUUUUGUACUGAAUGAGCCCAAAGAGUAUAAUUACAUUUUACAGUGGAUUAUUUCCUUUUAAUUUUUGCCUUUUGUUUUGGUCUAACUUCAAUAUAUUCGUAUGUAGAUAUCUCUGAAUUUUUUUUUUUGAGCAAAAGAUAUCUCUGAAACAUUAAAAUUAAUCAAUUGUAAUAUUAUUAGCAUAUUUUGUCUUCAUAUGGAUGCCACUGAACUUGUUGAUCCGGAAGAGUAAGGUCUAGUUGGGAAACUUGGGAUGAAUCCGUAAAGCCUUUUUUCGCAGGAGCUAUUGCGAUUGCCAAGUAUGUAUGUAUGUAUUUCUUCCGGACCACAAUAUAGAGCAUCUUUUAGAAGCUUUAGUUGGUUUAAAAUAGAGUAUUAAAUAAUUUUUAUA